UGUAUUGAUAAAGAUGUCAACAUCAGUCAACGUUUUCAACAGAAAGCUAUAGUUUAUAAAAAUAAUAAGUUAUUGUGUGUAAUACAAUAGAGAAACAUUAUUUUGUUUAAUUAUCUCUUGCAUGUUCCAUUUUUUAAACCAUCAUGGGGGACGAAUUGCAAAAUUACAAGUUACAAUUGCAACAAGUAGAAGCUGCUUUAUUGACUGAUCCUGAUAAUAAGGAGUUGCAGAAACUAAAAGUUGAUCUGGAAGAAGUUAUAGAACUCACCUUGGAUCUCAAAAAUAAAGCUGAAGAAGCUGCUAAUCAACCAGAAUAUACGCAGCCUGUAGGAGUAGCUGAAGAUGAUGAAAUUACUAAGUCUUUGAUGGCAGUUGAGGAAUUUGUUGCAAGAAAUAAGGCAAAGAAAAUUUGGAGAAUAGGUGAUAUAUGCAUGGCCAAAUGGAGCGAUAAUGGACAGUAUUAUGAAGGUAGAAUCGAUGCGAUUAAUCCGGAUGGACAGGUAAAUGUAACUUUUGAAGCGUUUAAAAAUCGUGGAGUCACAACCUUAGCUGAACUUAAAGAAUUCACAGGGCAAAAACGAGUGUUAAGUGAAUCUGAAAAACUGAAGAGGGCCAAAAUGAAUAAUAAGGAGUACUUGAAGAAAAAGAAGAUGAAGAAACAACAAAGAUUCAAGGAACUGGAGGAAGAACGUGAAAGUGAAAAGCAAAAAUGGUUGGCAUUCACUUCUAAAGCUGGUAAGAAUAAAAAAAUUUCUGGUCUCAAAGGAAAAAGCAUAUUUGCUUCCCCAGAAUCAGUUAACGGUAGGGUUGGAAUUGGUACUUGUGGUAUCAGCGGUAAGCCCAUGACGGAAUUUGUUACUGCAGAAAAAUGGAGGAAAGGAGUGUAAAUAAUUUGUUGAGUGAAAAACUUAUAUAUUUAUGAAAUUAUUGUUUGAAGAUUGGGAAAAUUAAUCUGAACAAUUGAAAAAUAAGUAGAAGAUUCUCAUUUUUAUCAAAUCUUUCAUUUUGGGAAUAUUAAAGAUAUUUUUCAUAUAGGUGUAGCUCAAAAAACUGAAAAAUUAUAUGAUAUCAAAUAGUGUUCUCAAUGUGACAUAUUUUAUAAAUCUUUGAAAAUAUUCUUUAAAUGUAAUCUCAUCUGAUUUCAUCCUUAAUAGCACAUUCAUUAGAGAUUGAAAUAAUAUUAGAAAAUGGUUUCUUUGUUUUUUAUACUGAGGAAAAAUAUGUAAUAAAAUCAAUGAGAUUGAGGUGUUGAUCCAAAUUUGAAAAAUAUCAUUCAAUAAACCGAUUUACUACACAAAUUUCAGUUUUUUUGGCAUAAGUGGAAACUAGAACUUCCAGUGUUUACGCUUAAUCUUGUUAUUUGAUUGUGUAAUUACGACAGAAAGGUUAAUUCAUGAGUGAUAUUAUUAUAUCUAGUUAUGUAAAUUGGUCAUAUGAAUCCAACCAAUUCUGAUCUUAUUUUAAGUACUAAAUAAAUUGUAAAAAAUUUUUCGCAACAAUUUUCAUCACUGAGUCAAUGAUGGAAAGACAAACAUAAAUAAAUUAUUUUUGUUUUA